UUAAACACCACUGAAGUUGCCAAACAGCCCUGAACCUCUCCGGCGGAAGUUCCUUCAUUCCAAAGCUCGUCGCUGCAAAACCCUAACUCGAUUAUUCUUGCUUUCUUCCUCUACGGACGAUAUAAUCCAUCCCGUUCGCUCUCGUUUUCCACAUAUCACUCAACGAAUCGAAAUUUUUUACGUGUCGGUAAGAAAUCACUUCACAGAAGCUGGGUGAUCGAAGGAACGGCAUCUGACCAUGGAUAUUGAGCAGCAACAGGCGGAGGUCAUUGAGCACUUCGUGAGGCAGGCGGAAGAUCUUGAAGGGGCGUCCCUCGCCACUCUUUUAAUCGAGGCGACCUCGCAUCCUUCGCUGUUCGCGUUCUCUGAGAUUCUCUCCGUCCCCAACCUUUCCUCGCUUGACGGGACUCAAUAUUCCAGUUCUCUUGACUUGCUUCGAUUGUUUGCCUAUGGUACUUGGACUGAUUACAAGAAUAAUGCUAAUCAUCUUCCAGCUUUACUUACCGAUCAAGUUCGCAAGUUGAAGCAACUUAGUGUGUUGACAUUAGCCGAGAAAAACAAGGUGCUGCCUUAUGAUCAGCUAAUGCAAGAGCUUGAUGUUUCGAAUGUGAGGGAGCUUGAAGACUUUCUUAUUAAUGAGUGCAUGUAUUCAGGAAUUGUUAGAGGAAAACUCGAUCAGUUGCGCAGAUGUUUUGAGGUUCAAUUUGCUGCUGGCAGGGAUUUGAGACCAGAACAAGUAACCAGCAUGAUACAAACACUAGCUCACUGGCUGAGCCUUUCUGACAACUUACUCCAUUCCAUUCAAGAUAAAAUCAAAUGGGCUGAUAACAUGAGUGAAUACCACAAAAAACAUCGGAAAGAAAUUGAAGACAAGGUGGAAGAUGUGAAGAAGUCGCUGAAGAAGUUGCACACUUUAAGCAGGCCGACUUGGACUUACGAGGGCACGACGAGAUCCUCUUCUCUGAUUCUGGAGGACUAAUGGAAUACGAGGAGGAUCGGGUCCGCUCUAAAAGGAGACGACAGCCAAUGCCAUAGAGAUUUGUUUUGAAUGAAAUUCAGAUUUGCCCUCAAGUUCAAUGUUUUUUUUUUUUAGGGGGUGGCAGCGGCAUUUAUGAAUUGUUUGCUCUUUUUGUUGGCAACGUUUAUAAAUUAUUUUGAGUUCGUCAUAGUUAUAUAAAUUUGCAUCGUGUUUUAAUCGAGUUUGAAUGAUGGGAACUCCAUUUAAUUGUUUAUGUGUUUGGUCAAUUUUAUUUUAA